AUGACCCAAUGUGCUCUUUUUCUCAUCUUCGUGAGCACCCAAAUUUCAGUCCCCAGCCCCGGCGCCAUCGCCAGGAGGAAACAGCGCCAGGAGCAGGAUUUCUUUGCGGAUCUCCUCCGGUCCUGCACUGGAAUCGACGAUCUCGACCGCGGCAAGCAGAUCCACGCUCGAAUUCUCGGCACCCAGCACGGCAGCAACAGAUUUCUCGCCAACACGCUGGUCGAGAUGUAUGGGAAAUGCGGCAGCAUGGAGGACGCGAAGAUGGUCUUCCAUGGGAUUGAAGACCCCAAUUUGUUCUCGUGGAGCAUUCUCCUUGUGGGAUAUGCCCAGAAUGGGUAUCUGGAAGAUGCGGAGAAAAUAUUCGCUGCCAUGCCCGAGAGAAAUGUUGUGGCGUGGACGGCGAUGCUGGCAAUGCAUGCCCAGGCGGCCAAUCUCGAGGAGGCUAAAAGACUAUUCGACGCCAUGCCCGAGCAAAACGAUGUGUCCAAGAACACGAUGCUUGCAGCGUAUGCGCAGAAUGGGCAUCUGGAAAAGGCGAGACUACUCUUUGACGGCAUGGGCGAUCGAAACGUAGUCUCCUGGACGAUUAUGGUCAGCGCCUACGGGCAGAAUGGGCUAGUCAAUGAGGCGAGGACUCUAUUUGACCGAAUGCCUACGCGCGGUGUGGUUGCAUGGAACGCUCUCCUUACAGCAAAUGCCAGGCUUGGGCAUCUUGAGGAAGCAAAGAAGCUUUUUGAUUUAAUGCCCGAGUGGAAUGUGAUCUCCUGGACGGCCAUGGUUGAGGCGUUUGCUCGCGAUGGCUACCUCAAGCAGGCUAGGCAGGUGUUUGAUCGUAUGAAAGAGCGAAAUCUCGUUUCCUGGACCGCGAUCUUGAGCGGCUAUGCGCAGAGUGGAAUGAUUGAAGAAACGAAAUGCUUCUUUGACAGGAGUCCCGAGCAAAACAUCUUCACCUGGAAUUCACUGCUAGCCGCAUUUGCGCUCCACGGCUUUCUCGUCGAGGCACAGCAAUUUUUCGAUCUCAAAAUGGUGGAGCAUGAUCUGGUUUCCUGGAACACCAUGAUCACUGGCUAUGCUCAAGCAGGGUAUAUGCAAGAAGCGGUAUCUCUCUUCAACCGGAUGCCGUCCAAAGACGCAGUGACAUGGACGGCUAUGAUUACCGGGCAUGCGCAGCUUAUGCAGCACCACGAAGCCCAAAGAGUCUUUCGACUAAUGCCCGAGAGAGACGUUCUCUCGUGGUCUGCAAUGGUAGGAGUGAAUGCCCAGAACGGGCAUUUGGAAGAAUCGCGGAGAAUUUUCGAUGAAAUGCCCUUCCGGGACGUUGUUUGCUGGAACUCGAUGAUCUCGUCGUACGCGGGGUCGGGCCGUGGAGAGGAAUCGCUCGAGGUUUUCCAUUUGAUGGAUCUGGAUGGCACGAAACCCGAUCACGUAACGUUCUCCAGCAUCCUCACCGCGUGUAGCCAUCUCGGACUCUUAAACUCCGGGUGGCGGAUGUUCGUGGUCUUGGCGGUGGAUCACGGCGUCCCGCCGCGGCAGGAGCACUACGCGAGCAUGAUCGAUAUCUUGGCCCGGCUGGGAAAGCUGGGCGAGGCGGAGGAGCUCGUCAAGAGCAUGCCUUUCGUGCCAGAUCUCCAAGAGUGGGCGACUUUGCUUGGAGCUUCCAGAGUCCAUCGCAACAAGAAACUGGGGAUGGAGGCGGCCAAGUCGGCGAUCCAUCUCGGCACCAAAACCUCGUCCACGUUUGUGCUCCUGUCGGAUAUGUACAAGGAAGAUCGAUCGCUGCGAAGACUAGCAACUUAG